AUGGCAGAGGGGGAACAGCCGAGGCCGCUGCUGCGGCUGGUGCAGGAGGGACGGCUGGAUCUCUUCCGGGACAAGCUGCAGCCAGGCGACGCGCUGGACCCGGCGCCGCAGAGCCGACGCUAUGGGCGCUCAGGGGACACACUGCUGCACCACGCCGCCCGAUACGGGCACCGGGAUGUCCUCGCCUACUUGGUAGAGGAGCUGGGGAUGGACAUGGAGCUGUUCAAUAGCGACUACAAAAGACCUCUCCAUGAAGCGGCCUCCAUGGGCCACGGGGAGUGUGUCUCCUACCUCCUGGAGAGAGGCGCGAGCGUAGACUGCUUGAAGAAGGCAGACUGGACUCCCCUAAUGAUGGCUUGCACCAGGCAAAACCUGGAGGUGAUCAAAGCUCUCGUGGAGCAUGGAGCCAACCCGCUGCUGAAGAACAAGGAUGGCUGGAAUUGCUUCCACAUCGCCAGCCGGGAGGGCCAUUCCCAGGUCCUCCAGUACCUGCUGGAUGUGUCCCCGGGCAGCUGGGACACGGAGAGCACGAUAAAGAGAACGCCUCUGCACACAGCAGCAAUGCAUGGCUGUUUUGAUGCUGUGGAGCUACUCCUGGAGCGGUGCCAAUACAAACCUGACAGCAGAGACAAAUGUGGAGUCACUCCCUUUAUGGAUGCUAUCCAGAACGGGCACGUCGACAUUGCCCGGCUGCUCCUGGAAAAACACCAGGCCUGUCCUACAGCCGAGGACGCGCUGGGCGCUCAACCUCUGCACCGGGCAGCCGUCACGGCCCAGGAUGAAGCCAUCCAGUUCCUUGUCUACGAGUUGGGUGUUGAUGUCAACGAGAGAGCGACGACCCUCCAGCUCACAGCGCUACACUACGCAGCCAAGGAAGGACACGGGCGCACCAUCCAGACGCUGCUGUCCCUCGGCGCCGAUGUCCACGCAAAGGAUGGGAAGAGCCGUUCUGCCCUGCAAGCUGCGUGCGCUGGGCAGCAGGCAGACGCCGCACGGAUCCUGCUCCACGCCGGGCUGCGGGAUGCCCCGGAUGCCACGGGCACGCUGGCACGGCAGCUCGCCAGGGAGCCAGACGUCGUCCAGGUUUUCCAGGAAACAAAUGGCAGCGCGUGA